AUGAACUAUUGGAUCAAGGCAGCACAUGGAAAUGAAACUCAUGUGACCAUAUUUCACAUCCUGGGAUUUUCAGGAAGUCCAUUACUAGAGUUGUUGUUUUUCCUUCUCUGCUUGACUGUCUACACCCUAACCCUGCUGGGAAAUAGUCUCAUUGUUUUCCUCACACUGUCCAACCCAGCUCUUCAGACACCCAUGUAUUUCUUCCUUCGGAACCUUUCUUUCCUGGAACUUUGCUACAGCUCUGUCACCAUGCCCAGGAUAUUGACAAGUUAUGUUACAGGAAACAAUAAGAUCUCCUUUACUGGCUGUGCAGUUCAGAUGUCUUUUUUUCUCCUCAUGGGAUGUGCAGAGUGUUACAUCCUGGGUGUCAUGGCAUACGAUCGGUAUGUGGCUGUGUGUCGCCCUCUGAGGUACAUGGCCAUGAUGGACAAACGUUCCUGUAUGCUGCUAGUUGCUGGAUCUUGGAUGAGUGGCUUGCCAGUUUCCUCUGUUCAGACCACUCUGACCUUCUCUUCUCCAUUCUGUGGCCCCAAUGAAAUCAAUCACUUCUUCUGUGAUAUCCCCCCUGUCCUGAAUCUGGUUUGUGCUGACACUUCCCAAAUAAAAAUGGCUAUGUUGAUUAUCACUGUGGUCAUCAUCAUUGCCCCAUUCACACUAAUCCUCAUUUCAUAUGCUCACAUCAUUGCUGCUGUGGUGAGGAUGAGCUCAUCUGAAAGCAGGCAGAAGGCUAUCUCCACAUGUUCCUCCCACCUUCUGGUGGUGACUUUGUUCUAUGGCUCUGCCAUGACAGUGUACCUGCUCCCCCAAAGCAGUGACAGUUCAGGGAAUGACAAAGUGCUAUCCCUUUUUUACACCAUGGUUACCCCCAUGGUGAAUCCCAUCAUAUACAGCUUUCGAAACAAGGAGGUGAAAGCUGCCCUAUGGAGGACAGUUGGCUUUCCAUUAUUAUCUCAAGAGACUUGA